AUGAGUAAAUAAUAUAAAGACAUUAGAGCAAAUUUUGUAUUUGAUGUUGCUCCUAAAAGCACUCACUAAUCAAAUGAUGAAAUGCCAUAGACAAUUAAGAAAUCAGAACCAAUAAAAAUUGAUAAUCAGUAAUAAGAUGUGCAAGGAAUCAGUUAAUAAAGAUAAUAAAAUUUUGAUGAGGAGAAGUUGAAAUCAUAUUAAAAAAUGUAUGAAAUGUGUCAACAAUUAUAUAAUGAUAAAUCUUAACUUAUGGAUGUAUAAUUGUAUUUAAUUAGAGACAGUUGAUUAAUAAUAGAAAUAAAUAUUAGAACUGGAAAGACAAAUUAAUGAUUAUGAGAAUUUAUAAGCAAAUUAUGAAAAGGAAUAGUUGUAAUUAAAAGAGGAUUAAUUAUAAAAUAUUUAGGAAAUUGAAACUUUAACAAGUCAGUUAUAAGUGGUGAUGGAUUAAAAAUAGGAUAUAAAUUAGAACAAUUUAGAUGAAGUAUAUGAUAAAUUGAUGAAUUUUCUAUAUAAAGAGAACCUAGAAGAGUUGAUAAAUGAUUUGGAUAAAAGUAAUAAAAAGAUGAUUGUAUAGUUUUUAGUAGAAUAUGUAAAUUGUUGUUUUGAUGGUUUAGUUAAUAAACUAAUAUGUAUUAAAAAAAAAUCAGGAAGAAAAAUUCUAGAUUCAUAUUUAGGAUAAUAUUUAAAUAAUUUAUGAUUUAUAAAGUAAAAUUUAGGACUUAACUUGUAAUCCAUACAAAAUCACCACACCAAAGAGUGUAUUAAGUGACACUUUAAAAUAAAGUAAAUUAAGUAAUAGUGCAAGUCAUUUUCAUAAGACUAAUAGUAUUAAUAAUUCUGAUAAGGAAGAAUUACAAUCAAAGAUUGGUAUUUAUUAAUGCUUAAUUAGAUUCAUUAAAACGUUAAGGGAAAUAAAUAAAUAAAAAAUGGUAAGAGUUUUGUGAAAAUAUAUUAAGAGAAAGGAAUGAUGUUAUUAAAUAUCAUAAAAAAUAAAUUGAAUCAAUUAGUGAUUAGAAUUUAGAGUUAAAGAAAACUAUCUCUGAAAUUAUAUAAUAUUUGGGAUAGAGCUAAUAAGAAUUAUGGAUACAAAUGUUAGAUAUUAAAUAAAAAAUACAUUUGAAAGUCAUUGAUUUGAGUAAGAGUGACAAUAUCAAUUAAUUAUUGGUAGAAGCAGAACUUAAACAAUUAUUCUCUAUAUAAGCACAAUUAAGAAACCAAUUAAAUCGCAAUCGACCAUUAAGAAAAGAUUUAUAAUGA